CCGUCGCGCGGAGUCGAGUCGCAGAGACUCGAGGAGGGAGAACGAUUGAAAUAAGCUACCAGAAAUCGGUGGACUGAAACUAGUGAAAUAAUAUUUCGUGGAUAUUCGACGACUGGUUUUGCGGAUUAACAGUUAGCAGUUUAAACCCCGACGUCCUCACGACGGGAAUAGACAUUUUGCGUGACUAAGUGUUGGGAAAAUUCCGUCAUUGCAGUUGACUGACUCUCUGUUUCUGUCAGUCAGGUUCAUCGGAACACUCGGCUUCAACGACUCGGUGGAAAUUCUGAGAUUUCUCCCGAGUUCUUCGCGGUUUCGGCCAUUUCACAUUUAUUACGACCUUAGGGAUAAUAGAGUAUUAACAGGGAGUAUCUUUACAACGAAAAUUUCGGAACGUAGCUCGGCGGCUAGCUGACGACUGGCAAAUUAUUGAAUCUGUGUGAAGAGCUGUGCGAGCUAACCUUUUUGUUUCCGUCUUUUAUUUCUUAUUUUCACUCCUGCAGUUUGUAAGCCCAGUUUUCCAUGUGUAGAAAUUGAAUAUUUUUCCAUGAGGCUGAAGAUGGCUGGUUUAAAGCAAAGCAGCUUCAGCGUUUGUCAUAGAUAGAGGCGCUCCAAAAAUGAAAAACUGGUUUCACUGACCACAUGAUUUAGUGACUCACCAUCUGCAUUAUUUAAAAGUCUUAUAUGUAAACGUACGAUCAUUAGACUAGUUUGGAUUUGUUGUUUUUCCAGAAGGUGGCAGUUGUAAAAGUCUUGGCCUAUACCUCUUGCAGCCUUUUUAUAUAGUAGUGAAAGCAGUGUUGUAACUAACUAUGGACUUAAACUUUUACUCGGACCUGUCGGAUGGCACAGCGCAGUCUGCCGAAUCCGGGUUUCUGGACCCCCAGCCUUUCAAUGGUUACGAUACAGUAAGCAAGUUCCCUGCCAGUGCUGAUAACUACCUGACCAUCUCUGGAGCAACCCAUACCUUCCUCUCCUCAUCUGAGACAUUCCACACCCCUAGCCUUGGGGAUGAGGAGUUUGAGAUCCCACCUAUCUCCUUGGACCCUGAUUCAGCCCUCACUGUCUCUGACGUGGUGUCGCACUUCAGUGAGCUCUCAGAUGGAACUGUGGCGGGUGAUUCUUCCGGGGCGGCGGCAUGUGUGCGGAGUGCGGUGGUGGGGGGAAAUGACCCUUCCUUCGCUUCCACCUUUGUUAACCCUCCUUCCCAGGGCCUGGAGCGUCUUAGCCUUGGAGUGAUGAACCCAUCAGGAGGGGGUACUCUUCUGAGCUCCACACUGGGGAUAGAUCUUGGCCAGUCAAUUGCCUCUCAUUUCAGCAGUUCAUCUCCAAUGACUAUAGAUGUUCCACUGAGUGAUGUAAACCAUGGACUAUUAGGCCACAGUCAGCUGACCACCAUCGACCAGUCAGAACUGAGUGCUCAGCUAGGACUCAGCUUGGGAGGUGGAACCAUUUUACCCCGUCCACAAUCACCUGAGCAGCCACUGUCAACCACUCCCUCACCAACGGGCUCCCUGCAGGGUGAUGAUAUGGAUGACUUUAGGCAGAAGAGUGUGCUGGUAGACUCGCCGGUGUCUCUGCCAAUCUCUCCUGCUGUCAUCUCCAUGAACUCUUCCCUUUCUGGAUCUCCUGCUCUGCCCUCUUCAGUCACCCCUCCUGUUCUGGUUCCAGCAGGGGUGCGAAGAGGUGGUGGCAAGCCAGCAAUGGGGAGUGGAAUGGGCAUUGGAAUAAGUGGAGGAGCAGUUAAGAAAGGAAAGAAGAAAAAGGACCCCAACGAGCCCCAGAAACCAGUGUCUGCCUAUGCGCUGUUCUUCAGGGACACACAAGCAGCCAUCAAGGGCCAGAACCCCAAUGCCACCUUUGGGGAGGUCUCCAAGAUUGUAGCCUCCAUGUGGGACAGCCUGGGGGAGGAGCAGAAGCAGGUGUACAAGAGGAAGACUGAGGCAGCAAAGAAGGAGUAUCUGAAAGCACUGGCAGCCUAUAGAGCUAAUCAACUCUCCCAGCCAACUGUUGAAGUGAUGGACACAUCUGCUUCCCCUCCUUCAGCCUCAGUUACACCCCCAGCACCUGCCCCCAGCACUUCUUCUCCUGUUCCCGCUCCUGUUCCUUCUCCUAUCCCUGUUCCUAUUCCCACACGAAUCCCACAACAUUCUCCAGAACAGAACACAAUCACCAAUAUCUGUGCCUCAAACAUCAUCCUGGACCUCCCACAGGUCACCACUCGCUCUCGCACAGGAGCAUACAAGCCUCCGGGCUCUUCGCCCAACCCUCCAACUGUCACCAAAAUUAUCAUUUCAAAGCAGAUGCUGGCUGCAGGUGGCACCCAGAUUCACCAGAUCCCAACCUCCAUGGUGACGGUGAUUCCUGCACGCACACUACAGCCCUCCCUCUCCUCCUCCACAUCUUCCCCUUCCAUUUCUGUGCGCCAUCCACCACCUCUGCAGCAGAUGCAGCAUGCUCCACCACCCCCCCGCCUUCAGCAAAUGGUUCAUUCCUCUGCCCCACCACCUCUUCAGGCCAAGCCCCGUGGGGGUGGGCUGGUGGCAUCUGUCACCACGACCCCUCCGCCUCCCCUCCAAAUAAAGAUUGUCCCUGCCCCCCUCCAAGGAGAGCUGGCAGCACCCAUUGUUGUAACAACAGCGACUGCAACUUCUGCCUCUGCUGCCACUUCUUCGGUGCCUGCUGCUACACUCUCAGCCCCCACAGUGGCGUUACAGGUGGCAGAACCUACUUCCAUAGUGACUGCGUGCUCUGUGCCUGCUGCCGAGGUACCGGCGGAGACGGAAGAGUUUGUCUCAGGCGAGAUGGAGGUGGAGGUAAACGCAUCCCCUGGUUCUGAGGAGCGCACCUCAGGUCCCCCGAGGCGCUGCGUACGGGCUGGCUGCACCAACCCCCCUGUGGAGAGCAAGGACUGGGACAGAGAGUACUGUAGUAAUGAGUGUGUGGCCACCCACUGCAGGGAUGUCUUCAUGGCCUGGUGCUCCAUUAGAAGCCAGAACUCCACCACUACUGUGAAAUGAGGGGCUUUACACUGAGGACUGAAAACAAAUUCAGUGGGCUUAUGGACCACUAGGAGGGUGAAGAAGCAAGCUGGAUGUAGACAUAGUAAAGGGCCAGAGAUCAUGUGAGGUUGAUGUGGGAGUGGUCCAACAUAGAAUAGACAUAAUAUUCCAAACAUUAAUUCUUCUUACCGCCAAAGGAAAAUUACAGUGGGCUGGUGUAUAGUGUCAUGAGUCUGUAUUUUAUACAAAGUAUUUUUACUUAAGAUCAAAGAAGCAUAAUAAAUGGAUAGUCACCAGCUGGCCUUGGACAUUGAAAGAGUUCUGGAAUGGAAAUCAUUCUCAUGGAGAGACCAUUCUUUGAGUACAGAGCAACUUCCCUCCCUGUAAACCAAGUCACUGUGUAAAAGGUGUCCUCCAUGUACUCCUGCCGGCCAGGUCUGGCACACCUGAGUAAAAACUGACUGGUGUUCUGGUAAAAAUGCAUGUUAUAAGAAAGGUGAACUUUUAUUUGACUUAGUUUUAAUUAUUUUGGGUUUUCUUUAGUUUGUUAUGAAAACUAUUAAUGUAUCAUUUUGCAAUGAUGUUGUGUUGGAAAAAGUCACCCAGAUGCUAAAACAGAAAAUUGUUCUGAACUUGAAUAAAAUUGCCUUCUGUCUACAUUACAAGGCAAUUAAAAAUGUUCCUUUUUCUUCCCUUAUUUGCACAAGCUGAGAAAGGCAGGAAAGUGCUUAAUGUAAAUAAAUUAACAAAGCUUUACUGUAUGUAAAGGCAAUUUGUCAUUAAAGUACUUAUUCUAUCACCUUUUUGUAAUUUACAAUUGUAUGGGUGUUUGUACAUUGUUUUUUUUUAACUUGCAACUUAAUGCAAGGUCCAUCCUCAAACUUUAACAGGCACCCUUUUUGUAACUCCCAUUUCCUCAACAACUCAUUAGUAUUUUGUCCUUUAUACUUCAUUUACAAUAAUGUUUUGGAGGAUGAAGUGUAAAGGCAU